ACCAAUAAUUUACAGUAAGAACUUGCCUUUCAAAUGUUCUGACUGGCUUGGGAACAGAGAGGUUGUCCAUGUACAGCAUAACUGUGCUGGGGCUGGAGUUUCUUCUCAUCUUCGGAGAUCCAAGUCUGAGAGGCAGGGAGCUCAAGAGGGGGUGAGUAAAUGAAAUGCCAAGUGUAUGUGUCUGUAUAAGUGGAGUCUUAGCUUGCUCUUUUUUAAGCUGCCAUUGGUAAAAUUCCUCCCAGCUCUAUACUGACCUAGAAAUCAAAGGUAACUCUUGAGGUUAAACAGCUCGUGCUGUAAUAUUGAUACCAAACUGCUCAUGAAACACUAUUGCCACAAAUAAAUCCCUUAAUUCUUUUGUUGGAAAAAACAGAUGAAGAACAUUCAGAACAAAUCAGAUGGUCUGUGCCUCUUGACUUAAAACUGCUGGGUGUAUUUCUGCUCCUCCUCUGGGUAACUGUGUGUGACAUCAGUGCAGUGGUUUGUAGCCUGUGGCCUCAACCCGAUGCAGUGCCUGUAGUCCCAGCAGUGCAAAUGCCUGCAGUGCUGCUGGCAUCCCUGGGCUGGCCUGAGCCCGGGUGUGUGUUUGCAGAUACAGACAUUCACCUGACUCUUACUUGCUUUCUCUGAAUUUCAGCUUGCAGAAUGGUUGUGGGUUAGCAGCUCUGUUCUGGGAGAAGCCCUGCUGAAGUUAGUGGUACUACCUGUUGCAGCAAUGCUGCUGAUAAACAUCCCUGUAAUCCUCUGAGUCAUAAUACAUGAAAUAAGAGCGAGCAUUUUGUAAAUGCAGGUACCCAGUUUGGUGUGUUGAGUAUAAAAUGAUGACCUGAGUGCUUUUCUCGCUUCUCAUUGUGCCUUUCCAGUUUUGGCUGUGCUUGUGCUGUGCUGUGGCAGGAGCCACGGUGACCAUGUCACUGCUGUGUCUCCUCCCUGUGCACGGAACAGCGAAACGAGGGCAGGACUGUGGCUUGACACCAUCCGGGCACUUCUGCUCCCACCAACGAGGGACAUCCUGUUUGACUUAAACAGUGUCAGCACUUUGUCUGAAUUUCAUCUUAAAUGAGUAUUUCUUGUGAUUAUCAAAGGCAGGCUGAUGGUUAUCAAAGGAUGUCAUCCGUUAUCUGCUGCCCGGACGGGUGUAGCUGUGUUGGUGAGACUGGCCCUGUGUGGGAUCGUUGUGUGAGAGGGACCAGAGCUGGCUUGAGGCUGCCUGUCCUGUAGUAUGGUUGGAGUGUCUGCCCAUCCCCAUUGAUGAUCACUGUAUUCCAUUCAGGAAGAUUUUAAAGCAUUGUUGUAAAGGCAUAUGUCAUGAAGGCUGUACAUCCUCAGCCUUGCUAGUCCUUAGCUCAAGUUGUACCCAAACUGAGCUACUUUAGCCUGUGAAGUUGUCCAGAAAUUCAGAGCUCCCAGGCUGAUGAGGGAAGCAGUGGAUAGUUGGGAUCACACUCAGGCAUCAUUUUAGGAUGGCCUCCCGGUGUCUUCCCUUCGUGUUACACAUCUUGCUCCAGCAUUGGUUUGCCAGGGAGGUUUGUGUGUGCCUCGUGGUUCUGGGUCCUUACACAAAGGUCAGUGAGAUUUCUCGAUUCCACUUCUGUGUUGAGGGCUAGGCUUGUUUCAGAUAAUUGCUCUCGUGAAUUAUUCACUGUGGUGUUACACAGCAGUGCUGUGAUCAAAGAUUUGUUCAUGCCUUUGCACGGGCAUGCAGUGUCAUCUCUUUCUCUCUCUCGUAAAGUCUUGAUUCAUCUGUAGUGUGGACUUAGAUGCUGACCAAAAUAACAUCAUAUCCACCAGUUAAAAUAACACCGAUGGACAUCUCUCUGUCUUUGAAAUAUUCUGAAUGCGUAAUUCCAGUUAAUUUUGUUAAGACUGCAGAUCUGUUCUGCCAUGAUUACUAGUGAGGUUUCUGUCUGGCUGCAUCAUUUCACUUUCAAGUGAGUGUUUUCCUUGAAUAUCAGAAACCUAUACCAAUCUCAUGUGAUUUUAGCACAUCUGCAUGUUCUCCCGGCCUUGUACUUGAGCAGAAUAACACUUUCAAGUGCUGGAAUUUAAAAGGUCUGGGCUAUUGGUAAAAGUUAACGAGUGACAAUUCCAAACAGAGAAAACCUGAAUGAAUUCACUUCUUGAUCUGUGAACAUUUAAAAAAAAUAAUUACAGAGGUUGGCAAACGAGCGUUCCAGGUUUAUCUGCUGUCGGGGGGUGUGCUUUAAUGUACUUUCUUGAAGCAUACUCCGUCUCUAAUUUGUAAAAAUAGGAUCCUGGUAUGACUAGUUCUGUAUCUUAGUAUUCCUUAGUCUUCUGUUGUCUGGCCUCACAAUUUUCAUACACUGAUUUUGCUUUUUGUACUCUUUAAUCCGUCUGAGAGGCAGCUGGGGCUGUGCUUGUGCUGCUGGCACCGGAAGACCUGCUGGACACUGUUGUGCUCAGUCUGUGGGUUUGGGCAGGGAAGCAGAGCCCAGAGAGGUGGGAUAUGCUGCCUGGUUCUGUGUUGAAUGAGACCAACCUUAUUUGCUAGGAAAGAGAAGGGCAAGUUAUCUUUUUGGUUGGGAAUUAACUAUGAACCUUCAGUUGUUUUGGUAUGUAGGUCUCUGGCUUGGCUAAAUCUUUAUCUGCCUUUAGCUGGGUGACUGUUGAAGUUUGUUAGUAAAGAGGAUGGGAGCAGGAGACUUGGAAACUGUGUGGUCUUUAAGAUGUAAAAAUAAACAAAGCUGAGAAGCUGUACCCUACUUAAAACAGGCUGACCUAAAUUUUCAGCAAUUCUAGCAGAGAGGCAGGCUCUGGGUAGGGAUAAAGGCUCACUGACAACUGGCUUCCCUGUCCUUGCAUCGCUUGACAUGGUUGACAGGCCACCACUGGAAAAUCAACACUGGGGUCUGAGGUCAUUCACUUCCCCCCCUCCCCGAGUUGCACAACCCUCGCUGUGGAUUUGCCUUGUGCUCAUGUGGACAGUCCCCUUGUUAUGCAAGUCAACAGUUCAGCGUCAUCUGGGAAGUCACAGCAUGAACCUCUUCUCAAAUUGCUUUUGUUGGAAUGUGUUGAAAACAUGUUUGGUGUCCUCUGGUUUGUCUCUACAGAGGUUGCUUUCAAGACUAGGUGUCUGGGAAGUCCAUUCAUGCCCUUUGUCUGUAGAUUAAUGUUCUUCCUAUCAGUUACAGUUCUCCACUGCUGAAUUAUUAACUCUGCAGCGAGAGUUUUUUUCUUCUUACUGUUCAUUGACUUUCAUGCUUGAUUUAUUCUUCUGAGCAGUUUGAAACUGGAGCAUGGGAAUGUUGACUAAUAGUAACGGAUCACAUGUGUGACCUCAGUGGUGGCUAAGUGGGAAAAUGACAUCUGUCUUUCAAAGUACUCAGAGUUUCCCAGGUGAAAGGUAGUUUGUGAACGUGUAUUAUCUUCGGAGGCACGUUGCUUGUUAUUCAACAAAACUGGGAUGUUCAGGCAGCCACUGGAGUGAUUACCCGUGUGCUCCAGAGGCAGUCCUGUGGGUAGCAUGAAGGGAGAAGGAGGGAGAAGCGGGUUUGCAGAUUCUCCUGCUAAUGUGGCUUUGUGGCUGUCCUGGCAGAGAGCCUGCCUUUGAUUGGAAAAUAUUCCCCUUGGUGUUCUUGUAGGUACUGAUGGUCUGCCAUGUUUUGUUCUCUGUUUGUGUGUGCUUUUUCCUGCAGGGAGAUAAGAGGAGGUGAAUCGCGUAUCCUUUCAGCAGCCUUCUGUUAAACUUGGAAUACCACAGUUCAAGCAAUUGAACAGAUGGAUAAUGGAGACUGGGGAUAUAUGAUGACUGAUCCAGUCACGCUAAAUGUGGGUGGACACAUGUAUACGACCUCCCUCACAACUCUAACGAGAUAUCCUGACUCAAUGCUCGGGGCCAUGUUCAGGGGAGACUUCCCCACUGCCAGGGACUCUCAGGGCAAUUACUUUAUUGACAGAGAUGGACCACUUUUCCGUUAUGUUCUUAACUUUUUAAGGACCUCAGAGCUCACUUUGCCACUGGACUUCAAGGAGUUCGACCUCCUCCGGAAGGAAGCGGACUUCUAUCAGAUUGAGCCGCUAAUUCAGUGUCUUAAUGACCCCAAGCCACUGUAUCCUGUGGAUACCUUUGAGGAGGUGGUGGAGCUGUCCAGCACCCGGAAGCUUUCCAAGUACUCCAACCCGGUGGCCGUCAUCAUCACACAGCUCACGAUCACGACGAAAGUCCACGCGCUACUGGAAGGCAUUUCAAACCACUUCACAAAGUGGAACAAGCACAUGAUGGACACCAGGGACUGCCAGGUUUCCUUCACUUUUGGGCCAUGCGACUACCACCAGGAAGUGUCGCUCCGAGUCCAUCUGAUGGAGUACAUCACAAAGCAAGGCUUCACGAUCAGGAACACCAGAGUUCAUCACAUGAGCGAGCGUGCCAAUGAAAACACAGUGGAGCAUAACUGGACUUUCUGUAGACUGGCACGGAAAACAGAUGACUGAUUCUGACUCCACAGGAGCCACUUCAGUGAUUAGCAACUUAAUUGGACAGCAAACCCAAGAGAGUCUGGAUUUUGACUAAAGCAACAAUGUGGGCUUUUUUUAUACGACUAUUUAUUGUUUAUCAGUAAGGACUGGAGGAGUUUCGUUCUCUAGCAGCUCUGUUCUUUUGUCCUGAUCAGAAAAAAACCGUGCAUGUGCCUGUUCAGUCAAGACACCUUUUUGUUUGAAAGAGGGAGUCCGAAGAAUUAGUACAAUAGGGUAUUUUGUGUCAUUAACACAAUUCUCUGACUCGACUCAAAGUGCUAAAAUUACCUCUGUCUAAAUGGUUUCUAAUCCAUCUAAUGCUAUGACACUGGGAGCAAGAAACAAAAAGAAUUUAAAAUGCAGUUGGGGAGAAGCUGCUAUUGUGUAGACUAAUUUAGUUUCUAAAUCAAUAAACAGUAUUGUAAUAUUCUAGGAAAACAAAUCCCACCCUUUAAAAGUACUUGAUAAGUACAGUUUCUUACAGUUAUGACAACUGUUUCUUUCUAUGCAUAUAAAUCAAGCAACCAAAUAUUAUCUGUAGCCAUGGAAAUAUGAUUAGAAAUAUUUAUAUUGGAUUCUAAAUGCAAAAUGUCCCUGUGGUAGAAUUCAUAUUUUUAAUGCCUGGUGCAAUAUUAUUCCCAAGUGUAAUGCCUGCCAGCAAGAAGCUAAUAAAAAUGUGAAAUACA